AUGCCGUCGCCAUCUCCGCCGCCGCCAGUGCUGCCGAUCUCGGAGCACGAGGACGAGAUAGUCGCCGCGGUGGACGCGAACCCUGUGGUGGUGGUCAUCGGCGAGACCGGCUCUGGCAAGAGCACUCAGCUCUCACAGAUCCUCCACCGCCGCGGAUACACCCGUCGGGGCGCCAUCGCCGUCACCCAGCCCCGCCGCGUCGCUGCGGUCUCCGUUUCCAGAAGAGUAGCUCAAGAGCUUGGUGUUCCACUUGGGGAUGAAGUUGGUUAUGCAAUCCGAUUUGAGGACAGAACUUCAGAAAGAACAUGCAUAAAGUACCUCACGGACGGCGUUCUCCUUCGUGAAAGCCUUUCAAAUCCUGAGUUGAAGCAAUACUCAGUAAUCAUACUGGAUGAAGCUCACGAGCGUAGUUUAAACACUGAUAUCCUUUUAGGUUUGAUGAAAAGAUUGAUCAAGGACCGAGCCUCAGAUUUAAAAGUUCUAAUCACCUCUGCGACUCUUGACGGUUUAAAAGUUUCGAAGUUCUUCUCAGGAUGCCCUGUGUUAAACAUACCUGGAACUUUGUUCCCUGUGGAGAAAUUUUACAGCACUGAACGCCCAACAAAUUAUAUAGAAUCUUCACUCAGAACAGCUAUAGAUAUCCAUGCCAAGGAACCUCCUGGGGAUGUCUUAAUAUUUAUGACAGGAAAGGAUGAUAUUGACAAGAUGGUCUCAAAAUUGGAGGAAAGAAUUCAAAAUCUUGAGGAAGGCUCCUGCAUUGAUGCUCUUGUCCUUCCUCUUCAUGGUUCUUUGCCACCUGAGCUGCAGGUUAGGGUAUUUGCUCCUGCACCUCCAAACUGCCGACGCUUCAUUGUUGCAACAAAUGUUGCUGAAACUUCGCUGACUGUAGAUGGUGUCGUGUUCGUGAUUGAUUGUGGUUAUGUAAAGCAGCGCCAAUACAAUCCAUCAAGUGGAAUGUAUUCACUUGAUGUAGUCCAAAUCAGCAGAGUGCAGGCUGAUCAGCGAGCAGGGCGAGCUGGAAGAACUCGGCCCGGCAAGUGCUAUAGGCUAUACCCAAUUUCCAUAUAUCAGAAUGAGUUUCUUGAGGCAACAGUUCCUGAAAUUCAACGCACUUCUCUUGCUGGAAGUGUUCUGUAUCUGAAAUCGUUAAAUCUUCCAGACAUCGACGUACUGAAGUUUGAUUUUCUAGAUCCACCAUCACGUGAGUCAUUAGAAGAUGCUUUGAGGCAAUUAUACCUCAUUGAUGCAAUUGAUGAAAACGGGCAAAUAACAGAUGUUGGACGAGUUAUGGCAGAGCUCCCUCUUGAACCGUCUCUUUCAAGGACCUUGAUUGAAGCAAAUGAAUUGGGAUGCCUGUCUCAGGCAUUAACUGUUGCUUCGAUUUUGUCAGCAGAAAUCACAUUGCGAUCAGCUAGCAAGGACAUGGAUGGGAAGAGGAAAAGGCAGGAGCUUCCUGAUGGUUCUGGCUGGGGUGACCAUAUACAAUUGCUUCAGAUAUUCGAAAGCUGGGAUCAGUCUGGUUAUGAUCCAAAAUGGUGCUCUGAUCAUGAUUUGCAGGUGCGGAGUAUGAAAUUGAGCAAAGAUGUGAGGAACCAACUAUGCCAGAUUAUUAAAAAAAUUGCAAAAGGUUCAACUGAUGUGCAUGCAAGGAAAAGCCAGAAGAGUGACCCUGACUAUAGAAAGCUGAGGAGAGCUCUCUCGACCCAACUUGUACAGGUGCAUCCAUCUUCUGUACUGGAAGGUGAUGAGUAUGGGAAGUUUCCAAUGUAUGUUAUUUAUCAUGAGCUGAUAAGUACAACUCGUCCAUACAUGAGAAAUAUCUGUGCCGUCGAGCAAGCCUGGGUUGAGCCUAUAUUAAAGAAGCUUGAGAAAUUAGAUGUAAACAGAUUAAGUGGUGGCUCGAGUGCACCGAAAGAUUCUGAACUUCUAGUAGAGAAUAAGCAAGUGAACACGUUGAAGAAAGACAUGGAUGUAAAACAAUCUGAGCGAGCAGAGCAGACAGGAGGCGCCGAGAGCCCAACGUCGGAGAUAUCCUCCGCCGCCCUGGAGACGCUGGCCAGCGCCAUGCGGCGCGAGAACCGCCGGUCCAAGGCCCCGUCCUCCGCCUCCGCCCUCACCUCGGGCAGGGUCAGCGUCAUGGCCUUUCUCUCCUGCCUCGCCUGGCUCUACGUCGCCGGCCGGUUGUGGCAGGACGCGCAGACCCGGGCGAUCCUGUCCGGCCUCCUCGAGAAGAGGCGCUCUGGCAGCGUCCCGAAGGUGCUAUCGGUGGAGGACAUGCUUAGGAACCUCGGAUGCAAAGCGAUUGGAAGGAAAAUUGUUGAGGCGGAGAUGGACGUGACCAAGGCCAAGAGCAAGGGGUACCUGGCGGGGAACAGGACUGCAGCUGUCGACUCCGACAAGAAGCAGAAGCUUCUUGCUGUCAUUGGUGUUUACACUGGGUUUGGCUCUCGUCUCAAGAGGAACGUCUUCCGUGGCUCCUGGAUGCCAAGAGGUGAUGCUCUGAAGAAGCUUGAGGAAAAGAGUGUAGUUAUUCGUUUUGUUAUUGGUCGGAGUGCAAAUCGAGGUGAUAGCUUGGACCGUAAUAUUGACGAUGAAAAUCGGCAGACAAAGGACUUCUUGCUUCUUGAAAGUCAUGAAGAGGCUGCAGAAGAAUUACCGAGCAAAGCAAAGUUUUUCUUCAGUGCCGCAGUCGAAAGCUGGGAUGCAGAAUUCUAUGUCAAAGUUGAGGAUAACAUUAAUCUUGACUUAGCUGGGUUAAUUGAGAUGCUCGAAGGCCGUCGAGGUAGCCAAGGAUUGUAUAUGGGUUGUAUGAAAUCAGGGGUUGUCAUAAACAAAAAUUUUAGGUGGCAACAAUGGUAUGAGCCUGACUGGUGGAAAUUCGGAGAUUCAAAAACGUGA